AUGCGACUUCGUAAUGUGUUUCGUGCAGCCAAGCUGCCCAACGGACAACGCGUCAUUAGCACAAAGUGGGUGUUCAAGAUCAAGCGCAAGGCGGAUGGGUCAAUCGAGAAGUACAAGGCACGGCUUGUGGCCAAGGGUUUCCGCCAAAAGUAUGGCAUCGACUACACGGAGACAUUUUCGCCUGUGGUCAAGUAUGUGACGCUGCGACUGGUGAUCGCAAUUUCCAAGCAUUUUGGAUGGCCCAUCGACCAGCUUGAUGUGGUGACAGCUUUCCUGUAUGGCAUCAUGAAGGAACAAGUGUUCUAUGUGAUUCCUGAAGGCAUUGAACUUGACAGUACGUUCGACUGCCUGGAAUUGGUGAAGUCAAUUUACGGCCUCAAGCAAGCGUCGCGAGUGUGGAACGAGACGUUCGAAGAGUAUGUGUGCUCCAUUGGAUUUCAAGUAUCGGACUUCGACCCAUGUCUCUACAUCAAGACUUCGGACGGCCAUUGCGUGUUUAUACUGGUCUACGUGGACGACGUCUUGGUGACUGGAAGCUCGCUCGAGCUGAUUGCACAAACCAAGAACGACCUGAAGACGCGGUUCGAGAUGACGGACAGCGGCAAGUGUGCGUUUGUUCUUGGGAUCGAGCUUUUGGACGGUGAAGAUGGCAGUGUGACACUAUGUCAGCGUCGGUAUGUCGAUGAUAUCCUCAAGCGCUUUGGCAUGGAUGAUUGCAAGACAGUCGCAAGUCCAGUCGACGUGAUCUCUCGACUGAUGUCAAGUAACACUGCGAGCAAGAUCGAUGUUCCAUUCGUGAAGCGGUUGGUGCUUUGA